AAGCGCUUUGUGCGACCUGCCAGUGAAGAGAGAGAGAGAGACACAUACGGCCUAAAAGCUUAUAAAUUUAUAGACGAUGAAAGUAGGGUUAUCAAAACGCACUUUCAUUUUAUAGACAGUAUUCUAGUCUUCCUCACGAUGAUCAUAGAGAAUGUUGAAGCCCUGAAGUCGUGGCUGGCAAAACUCCUGGAGCCAAUAUGUGAUGCUGACCCGUCUGCAUUAGCUAACUAUGUGGUGGCUCUUGUGAAGAAGGACAAACCAGAGAAAGAGCUGAAAGCGCUGUGUGCUGAUCAGCUUGAUGUCUUUCUACAAAAAGAAACAAAUGGAUUUGUCGAUAAACUUUUUGAAUGUCUGACAACCAAGAACUACCUGGGAAUUCCCGCUGCCAAGGAAGCUCCUAAAGAGGAGGUCAAACCACCUGCUGUCAAAUCUGACGUUGUUGAGGAUGCUGCAUUUUUUCAGGCUGAAACUCCAGAGGAGGAGAGAGAAAACAGGCGGAGGAGAAGUCCUCUGAGAAACCGCUCUGACUUCAAUGAGUCCAGGAGCCGCGAUGACAGGAGGCGAGAUGAGCGCAAGCGGCGUGACUUUGAUCGGCACGGAAAAAGCGGCAGCGACUCCCACCGUGAGCGGGAGCGCCAUGAGCGGCGCAGGGGCAGCCCCCGCGGGAGGAGCUACAGUCGGAGCAGAAGCCGCAGCCGGAGCAGGAGUGGCAGCAGAGGAAAGAGCAGGGACAGGGAGCACAGAGGAGGCAGAGACUUCAAGUCAAAGUUUGAGUUGGAAAGGAAGGACACCGACUGCUAUAACUCUUCCACCACAUCCGGCCCCCAGCAGCAGCACCCGCCGCCGCUCCUGCCCCUGCCUACACCUCCACAUCCCUUUUCUUCCUCUUCCUCAUCAUCUGCUGGAGUCUCAGGAGCUGGAGGUGUCCCCAUAGCAACACCGGCUCACCUGCCCGAUAGCACUACAGACAGCUGGUCAGGCUACUACAGCACCCAGAGGCAAGACGGUGUCGGCAAACCAUUCAGCAACAAGGGCCCUUCACUCAAACAGCGUUGCAGGGAUUAUGAUGAAAAGGGAUUUUGUGUCCGUGGAGACCUUUGUCCAUUCGACCAUGGCAAUGACCCUCUCAUCGUUGAUGAUGUCAAUUUACCGGGCAUGAUUCCGUUCCCGCCCCCACCUGUGAUGCCCCCCGCUGGCCUGCCCAUGCCCCCGAUCACUGAGCCACCCCCUCCUCUUAGGAUGCCUUCAAUGCCACCCUUUGGCCAGCCACCACCACCGGGCAUCUUCCCCAUGACUGGACCCCCACUGAUAGCAACCAGUGGGAUUGAUACCCCCAACCACCAAUCUGCAAUCACUUCUUCUCCUCCUAUCGGACCACCUGGUGUGGGACUGCCGCCUACUCUUCCUCCUCCUCCACCUCCUCCCUCCUCGUCCUCAUCUGUGUCUCUUCGUCCCCAAUAUGUCCAGUCUGAAUAUAACUAUGAUCCAGAGGGCUAUAACCCAGAAUCUCCAGGACUGACUGCAGCAAGUCGUAACCAGUACCGUCAGUUCAUUCCCCGGGUGCAGACCCAGCGCUCCAACCUCAUCGGCCUCACCUCUAACGAAGGACAAGGCUCCAGAGCUGCCAACAUAGUGAUCCAGACGGAGCCUGCCACUGUAGCCAGUACUCCUGGAAGUAAUGUCUCCCGUUUCAACGCAGAUCAGGACAGCAGGAAGAGAACCAUGGGGCCCAGUACAGCUGAGGGACCAGCAGCUAAAAAACCCUGGAUGGAAAAGCCAAACUUUAACAACCAACAUAAGAGCAGUUUUCCCAAGAGGUAUCACUAUGUAAACACCAAGUUGGAGGUGCGUAAGAUCCCACGUGAGCUCAACAACAUCACCAAACUCAAUGAGCACUUCAGCAAGUUUGGAACCAUCGUCAAUAUCCAGGUGGUGUUUGGCGGAGACCCAGAGGCGGCAUUGAUCCAGUACACAAAGAAUGAAGAGGCCAGACGGGCCAUAUCCAGCACCGAGGCAGUCCUCAACAACCGCUUCAUUCGUGUCUACUGGCACCGCGAGCCCGGCACCAACGCCACAGGGCUCCAACAGCAGGAGCAGAGCUCAGGGAGCCAGGCGGCCGGGUCAGUGCCCAGCCAGGGGCCGCAACACGGCAACAUGCAUAAGCAGGGGAUCAAGCAGCACAGUCCAGCCGCCUACGUGUUGAACAACACUGUACCCAAGCAUCGCCUGCCAGCAGUGGCUGGAAUCACAGCCACAACCAAGCCGGACAGCUUGAACCCAAACACAGACCUCGUCACUGUGGCAUCUGCACUGACAAACACCCAGAAGGGCCCAUACUCUUCCGCAGCCCUCAAGUCCUCCUCAAAGAGCCUUGGGAAAACAGGAAAAGCACUUGAAGCACAGGAAGUCCUCAAGAAGAAACAGGAGGCACUAAAACUACAGCAAGACAUGAGAAAGAAGAAGCAAGAGAUGUUAAAGACACAGAUUGAGUGUCAGAAGGCAUUGAUAAACCGCCUGGAGAAAAACCGAGGGAUGAAACCUGAGGAGAGAGCAAACAUCAUGAAGACCCUGAAGGAGCUGACAGAGAAGAUUGCACAACUGCAGAACGAAAUGAACCCUAACCCUGCCUUGCAGGUCCCCAGCGCCAAACCCAACAACAGCCAGCCCAAGACCAAGACUGAUGCACAGAAGGAACUGCUGGAUGCUGAGCUAGACUUUCACAAGAAAAUGAGCUCUGGAGAGGACACAACAGACCUCAAGAGAAAACUGGGACAGCUACAAGUUGAGGCAACUCGGUUGGGUCUGAUCCGGCCUCCAGCGGGUCGGGGUCGUGGCCGAGGGAAGAUGGCGCUGGAGCCCGGUUCGAUGCAUGUGGGCCGUGGCAGGGGCCGAAGCCGGGAGAUGAUGGCUCGUAGUGGGUCAGUGAACCGUAUGGUGGUUGACCACAGACCCAGAGCCCUGGCUAUUUUGGGGGUCAGUCAGGAGGAGAAGGAAGAGCUAAUGCCGCACUUUGUGAAAUUUGGCGAGGUCGAGGAUGUCCGUGACCAAGACGCCAACAGUGUCGUCAUGACCUUUAAGACACGAAGUGAAGCAGAGAAUGCAGCUAACCAGGGAGCGAAGUUUAAAGGGCGCGUGCUGCAGAUUUCCUGGUACAAGCCCAAGAUGCCCUCUGUUACAACAGAGCCAGAAGAGGAAGAGGCUAAAGAUGAGGACAAUACGAAGGAAGUUAGCUCUUACUUGCCUGGUGAGGAGGAGGAAGAGGAGGAGGAAGAGGAUGACGAUGAAGAUGACGAGUACGAGAGCCGAUCUUGGAGACGAUGAAGGCAUUGUGAUUGGUCAUUACCUGCUCUGCAGCCGCAGUCGUUGUUUUCCCCCACAUAAAAUCAAUACAGAACUCAUUUUUUUCCUUUCCAGUAUUUUCAGACGAAGUAAUUUUAGACUCUAAUCAAAGUAAAAACAUCUUUACUUUACUGUACAUGAAAAGAAGUUUAGAGGGCUAACGUUUUUUUGUAUCCCUCGACUAAACAAUUAUUUAAAACAUCUCACUUUUGCUGAGAAAGAAAAAUGUUAAGUUGUUCUUAUAGAUAGAAAAACCUAUGUAAGUUUCAGUGUGCUUACCAGAUGAUAAAUAUCAGUAAUGCACAACAUUUGUGUCUACUGUGAAUAGGUAUUUUUAUACAUACUGUAUUUAAGCUCUUUUUCUCACCAGUUUUUGAAAAAUCUUGUCCUCAGUUCAGGGGCAGCCAUUCCUUCACCAAUAGAACGUUCUCUGUUGCUACCAGAGAUAUAUUUAUUUAUUUUUCCACUGCAUAAAUGCACUGUGCAUUACCUACAUUGGCAUAGUAUGGUGUGGUUUCCCAUUUCAUUCAGUUUGUUUUGGUAUGGGUUUGCCCAAAAAGGAUUCAAAUAUUUUUAACUGUGGCUCUCUGUCCUGGCAUGAACACAUGCUAGUUUGUGCAUGUUGUAUUCCCAAAUAAACAGAGCCUCCCCUGCCCAGCACCCAAGGGUGCUGAUACUGUACCAUAACCAUAUUAGAGCCAGUGCAGGUACGGAAGGAUACCAGUGCAAUAGAUAAAUCCAAACUAUGUUUACAAAUUGCCAUGUCCAUGCACGUCAGAUUCAGUCCUCGUAGUAAAUAUUCAAAUUUUCCCCACUUGUGUUUCGUUGCUCCCUAAAGUGUCCAGUGCCACUCUGUGUAAAUAUAAGCACCCACAUGGGUGUUCUACAUUUUCUAAGAGUGUGUAACAUUUUUCACUUGUUUAAUUCUGUCUCCCGGCCGUCCAAAGGGCCUGACAGGACACGGAUCAGAUCACCUAUUUCAAAAAAAAAUGUGAGAUCCAUAGACAGGUGUUUGAAUGUAAUACUGAACAGUUGAUUUUAAUAUAUAUGUAUAAAUAAUUUCUUUGCCUUACACAAUCAGCGGAUGGCUGAAUUUUUACAAGAUUUGUGAUUUACUUUUGUAAAUUUUGUAAAUGCUUGAAAGAGAAAUUACUGUUGUACAUUCUUUUUUUUUUUUUUUAAUUCUUUUAGUUUCUUUUUCUGUCAUUUUAAAUGGAUGACAAGGUUGUGUGUCAGGUAGGAAAGGUCAAGCAAGAGUGCUUAGUGUCUCUGCUUAUUCACAAGAGUUGUGCAUUUGUGUUCAACUCAGUCCAUGUUGUUAUUUCACUAAAUUUGUCAUCUGAGUAGCGCAUUUCUUUUUAAAGACACUUUCAGAGCUGCUGUGGAAGACACUGAAAGGCAUAAGGAGUCACACCCCCUCACAAUAUUAUUUGUGCAUUAGUGCAGCUUUGCCAGCAUCUGAGUAUUGUCAGGCAAUGCUCUAAACCCACUCUACAAGUGCAGCCACAAUGUGCACCUUUCAUGAGAUCACAUUUGAUUUUGCGUUUUGCCUUCUUUACAUGUAUUUUAGAAUCCUCAAGGUGGGAGGAAAGAAAUUCAUUAAAGUUCAUAUGGAAAUAUGCUCGAUGCAAGAAAAUACAUUUUUGAAAGUUAAAGUUUUUACUUUUGUUGCUUUUCUGAAACCAAUAACUAUGUUUACAUGCAGCCUAAUUAAGUGUUAUUUGAUGUAUGCUUAUCAUAAAUCAACUAAACUGAUCAUAUCCAUUAACAUAACCGGUCACACAGAAGCACCAAUAUGAGAGAGGAGGAGAGACUUUAACUUGUAGCUGUACAUGCUGUACAUACAGGCAGAAAUCUGCAUGCAUAUACAAAUCUGGAUGUAAAUAUACACGCAGAUUUAUGCCUGUGUGUUUAUACAGUCAGUAACAGAACUUGUAACAGUAAUUCUCUCCUUUUUUCCUGGUACUAGUGCCGUAUUUAAAAGUGUGCAGAACUGUUUGAAACCCAUUACGUGAUUUCCUCCCACCUACCUAAUGUCAGUGGUUCUCUUGUUUAGAUUGCAUAUCUCACUGUUGACUGAUUACUCAGAAGCCUCCUGCCAGUGACCUCAUUGUCCCCACUAAAAUCUUUUGUUUUUUUUUCUUUGACGUCACCGUGUCAGUCAAAAUGAGGUUUAGGUGUGCGAUGGAAAGCUGAAGCUUUUCCCUUUGGCACUUAGUACUUAAAUAUGAUUUUCUCAUGUGAUUUAUUUUAUUUUUAUUUUAUUUUUAUGAGGUCACUGGCAGUUUAAAAAGGAUAAACCUAUACUGGCAGGGUUCUUGCUUGUGUAAGUGAGGAUUCAGGGAAGGUCUCCCACUUUUUGUACUUCUGUAUGCUACUAUCACACAAUGGUGUAAAAAAAAAAUGUAAAAUGUUUAUUGAAUAAUAGUUUUGGAUUUGUUACUGUUUAUAUUUGCAGGAUGUGGAUGUAUUUUCUUCAUGUAUUUUGUUUGUAAAAAAUGGAUUUCUAAUUUACUAGCAUGUUUGCUUUUGCCAAUAAAGAUGGAGGAAUGGGGGAGCUUGUAAGACGAUAAAAAAGAAGAAAAGAAAAAAAUACAAUUUGAAUUGGAUCUUGAAGAGAGAGGAGAAAAAAAAGAAAAUCUUAAGUUAAAGAAAGAAAAUUGACAAAAAGAGGUCAACAUUGGCAAGGGGGAAAAAAAAUACGAGCAAAAGCAUUCCAGAAAAUAUUACCUUAAA